UGAGAGAUUACAACGAUCUGCUUGUUGCGCUGAGGCACGCCCUUCGCACACGCUAGGCUACAAAAUACGGCGUCUCUGCGUGAGAAAAUGUCCACAGGUAUUUUUUUGACUGCGAACACUCGAAUCUAACGACAGGCGUUUUUUGCGCGGUUCGGCUUGCAAAUCUAUGGUGUAUGACAACGGCAGGCAGGUUAGGCACAUGAUACGCUAGCGACGUCCUCGUUUAUCCUUGCCGCACUGCCACCGCUCAGAACAUGACAAAAUCGGCUUUGUCACUGUUCAUAGAGACUUGAAGUGGCUGCGUGUCACUUUUGUCUUAAAUAACAAAUUCACAGCGGGUGUGGCUAUGUAGACUGGUACGGUUUUUGAUUUGUGGGCAAGUAUUGAAGGCAAGCCCCCCCAGAAGUUCUUCCCCGUGGCCCAGGAGAGUCCCCAAGUCUCGCGGGAAGGGGAAGAGUUUAUUAGAUCCGUGAACACUAGUUGAUUCCUCGUUAGUUCUGUCAAGUCCGGUUGCCCGAGCUGCUCCCGGACAUGCCGCAGGUUGGGUGUUACCAUCCUCAUCUUCCGCUCGGGCGGCUUUCGGACAGGGGCGGAAACACGGCAUUAUGGUUUGUUCUGCAGUGGCGGCUGCCCAGCAGCUGCAAGGGAGAAGACGGUUGGAAGAUUGCUCCUUAAGACCUCACGACUGUCUGAGUUGUUGCGGAUUCUUACCCUCCGGCGGUCCACGGGUGCCAACGGCGGCACAGCCCUGUUUUCAAGCAGCAGUUGACUUGCAUACGCACAAUGAUUUCCAAUUUUCGCAUCCUUCUUUUGAAGAAAAGAUAAGGGCGUCCCCAAAGCAGUUGAGCUGUGCUGCAAAUGCAUUCCUUCGCUUACCUGUGGACAGCAUGCAGCUCUACUCUGCACACCACCCUUCGUCUUCGGUAUUUUAUUGUCGGCGACCACCGGAACCUCGAAUGAGAUGUGCUGUGAACAGCGUUAGGCGCCAUAGGAAUCAAAGUCAGGUCUGCACAAGAGCAGCGGCUCAUGGAAGUGAACGACAUGGAGUCGCUACAAACCAAUGGGGACAUUUUGGCAAAAGGUUGCCUUUGGCGACCAAAUUCAAGAGGCCGCUGUUACUCUUCGUUCUCUUCACCAUGGUAGCCAUGGAGGCUGCUGUAGCCGUACUACCUCGGCGGACUGCUAAGCACUCUCAGGCUGGACAACUUGAACUGGUCAUGGAUGUUAGCGCUUCUUUGCAUUCGCGUGGGUCUCAGCGACGAAGGUUUACUUUCAGCGACAACGAACUCAUGCAUUUGCACGACUCACCCUCUUCUCUUCAAGUUGCUGAGUCGAAAAGUUUUGAAGGUUUUGAAGGCACUGCUGUGGCGCUGACGUGCGGCUCCUUGUUUAUUAGCAUCAAGUCAGCGACCUGGAAAAGUAGCACUGGCGCGUGUCCGGCUGUACGUGACUGCCAUGAACAGAUGCGAAGGCUCUGUGACGGUUUCUUCUCUUGUCGGGUCGUGCCGGUUGCAAGCGAUCCAGCGAGUGCAGAAGCGAGCGGCUUGUCUGCCGCCAAGUGCGGUGACGUUUGUAGUAUGAGCGCGGACCCUCGUCGCAUUCUCACUGGCGAAUAUGAGUGUGUUGUCAAAGGGGGGACCGACGCCUCGACGUUUCUCGAUGAGCACUCUGCGGGUGCCUCGACCACCACUGGCCUUGUAACAUGGGACGCGAUACAAGCUGGGGAGGCGGCACCAACAGCGAGCGAGAUCGGAGGUGCAGGUGGCAUUUCCUCGUUUGUCGCCACGCAAGCGUCUCAAGGACUGAACAUGAUCAGCUACACUGACACAGACUCCUCGGACAAACGAGCAGCGAUCGACCGCCUUGCUUCGCAGAAUCCGGCAAGCGCGGGUCUUCUCCAGUUAAGCGCUGACAGAUCAGUAAAUAAAGUUUGGUUCACUCAAGGAGCGUUCGCAGCACAGUAUGUUCCUGACGGCACCCAGCCGGCGACGAUCGUCACAGUCGGAAUGACCGCGUACGGUGGCCCGCCCGCAAACAGCGCUGUAGCGUCGUGGGAGCAUGCAGACUUCGCAUGCGGUGCCGCGGAUACGUUUGCGAUAAGCCAGGGCCUUACGCCUCGGCAUACCACUGCAUCGACACCCCAGAUCAUCUGCAGCAACGCUUCGUCCGAAGCAUGCACAGAGCUUCAGGCUGUGAACGAAGCCAUCAAGAAUAGUCGACCAAAGACGGUUAUGCUCGAAGGCAUUGCAUGCCAUCGGGAAGGAAAGGCGUUCGGUCUGCUCUUCGCCGACGGCACUGUUCUCGCCUUCGGAGCCGCCGACAGGGGUGGGACGAUGAGCGCAGAGGCAAAGGGCGACCUGUCAACCUUCGAUGCAACCCGCAGCCAACGCGUGAAAAAAAUUGUCGCCACGCAAGGCGCCAUGGCUGUGUUGCUACUUCGAGGUUCUGUGUAUGCGUGGGGACUCGACCAGUUCGGCGGCACGCUUCCAUCGCCAGAGCCGACAGGUGUGGUUGACCUGGUCGCCAACGACGUCGGAUUCGCAGCCCUGACAGGGGGAGGGUCUGUGUACACCUGGGGCAAAGGCAUGGUAGUGCCCAGUCGGCUAGCUGGCGUUGAGAUUAAGAAAAUAGUUGGCGAAAAGACAUGCUUUGCGGCAUUUGAUGCGAAGGGAGGCGUUUACAUCUGGGGACUCGGAAGCAACGAAGGAGCUUUCUGCAAUGAGGAAUUUGUCGGAGAGAGGCCAACGAUUUCGCAGAAUUUCUCCGAUGUGAAAACAAAACUCUCUGAGGGUAUUACAGAUGUUCGUUUCAACGAGCACGCAGCCAUGGCAGUGAAGAAACCGGCUGUAGCGGACGGAUCUUGGGAAAUCAUCACUUGGGGAACUUCCGCAAAAGGAGGUGAAGUCCCUAGCUAUGUGCUGUCGGGAGGCCGUAAAGGGGUGAAAGCUGUUGGCGCCUCUAAGUCUGCAUUUGCAAUCGUCUCCCAUAGCGGCGACGUGUACGGCUGGGGGGAUAAAGAGAGUGGAGGCGACGGAUGGAACCAACCGUUUUUGGCUGGUCGUGCUUAUGGAUUGGUUUCUUUGACUCGUUCCUUCGUCGCGCUGCUGGUCACCGGCGAGGCGUUCGCUUGGGGAGGAAAUGGGCAGACGUUGAUAAGUUCAGCUCGCCGCCAGGAGCUCGGCACCGUUGUAGAGUCUCGCCUAGUCCGUGGUCUGUAUGUCGUGAGCGGCGUCGGCGAAGGAGAGAUUUUCGUCGGCACGAUCGGGAUUCCGUGUGUCCCUGGAGAGUGGGGAGCUUGGGGAAGCUGUCGGAGCGUCUGCGAAGGAAUUCGCCAACGCGAGAGGACCAUCGAGCUGGAACCAUGGGGCGGCACUUGCGAGUCUCCUUUGACAGAAGCAGGGAGCUGCAAAGGGCCGAAAUAUGGGACGGAUGAAUGUCCAAGCACGGAAACAGACAACAGCUCGAUAGAGGCUGGCUUGUCUCUGGGAGUCAUUGUUGGCUGCGCCACAGCAAGUGUGGCAGUUCUUGGCGUUGUUGGUUUCAUGGGCCACAUGUGGUGUUCGGGUUUCAGGUGAUGUUGGAGCUUGGCACUAUGAUUGGUGGAUGGAUUUUCUGUGUUAUUCCUUCUCGGCUGUAUGGGUCUGUAGUCUUUCCAUCACCUGUGAGAUCAAAGCUGAACAUCUAGUUUCGGCUUCUCCUUUGAAACUGCAUAUCUUUGUAUUCGAGGACGUGACCCACCUGUCUUUGUCUACCAGCCGCUUGGCCAGUGCGGCUGACCUCAGGCCCAAUUUCCUGGGUUCCCUAAGACAGGUUGUUGCUUGUAUGGCCUUUCUCCUAAAGUCAUGCCUUUCCUAAUAAAUGCGUUUGUGCCGACGAAUCAGAUGACAAAUGUAUUCUUUUCGAGUUCAGUCAACUAUGGAAUGCGGGCAGGCAGUGCAGAUAUGGCAUGGCGCGUCACUGAGUGAAUUAUGUGAAGCCGAUAUCGUUUCCAGGGGAAUAUUUUCAAUAAAUUCCGUGAUGCGUGUUCCAAGAAAUUGUUGUGGCCGACGUGUUCUAUAAUGCUCACGGGAAGAACUUGAUUCUUCAUUGUUCUUGUUAAAGAUGCCAUUUUUCAGUGUUUUGCUUUCCACGGUGGGUAACCCCCUGUCACCAAUGUAGUGCUGUUCAAUUAUAGUGCGGUCCGAAGAGGACGUGAACAUCUUCGCAUCUGCAUCAUCGAACCCCUCAGUAUUCUUUUGAAAUGCCCGUACAAACAGGCGACCUUUCAGAGACAACUGCCAUCUUUGGAGGGACAAAGACGUCUAUCAUCGGACGGCGCGCGUCAGCUGCGCCAUUGGGCGAAUCGCUCGUGUCCAUCCUGCGCCGCGAAUGCACGAAUACACAGAUCUUUUUAGUUGAGCUAUUCUGCUUUUCAAACGGCGCCGCGGUCCACCAAGGCAACAAACAGAAGUUAAACUUGGUGAUGCGUGAACGUGCAAAAAGUGCCCCUGUCGUAGCUGCACCCUGCCGAGAAAAUGAAUGCCUUCAUACUGA